AUGAAAGCAAGGUUUCGCCAGGAGCUGCAACUACGGCGGUUUUUUGAACUAUACCAUAAGCAGCUAAUAAGAGAGUAUGCUUUAAUACCUAUAGGCGUAUUAAUGAUAUUAUGCGUGUUGUAUGGGUUCGAUACUUUGUUUAAACGAGUGUUUAAGAUUAAAUUUCCUGCCUCUGUUGCAGUGAUGUUGAUAAACUUUGUUAUUAUGUGUGUGCUGUCGGCGGCAAAGCAGUCUAUUAGUGAUAUUUACAUCAAAUGCAUAGAUGUGCCAUUGGGAUGGUCUCUAAGGUGGAUGAACCUAUAUUUUACACCUGCAUUUGUUAUGCUACCAACUAGUCCUCCGAUAAGUGCAGCUGAAACAGGACUUAUUGCAGUGACUUUUAUAGUUGGGUAUAUUGUAGCAUAUGUGGGAGUUGCAUAUAUUACAAUGCUCUGCCAACUUUGUCCAUGGCAAAAACAUCGAGAAGAUGAAUCUUUACCCCCAGAGAUCGAGACCGAGGCCUGCUCCCACAGUGAAAGUGCUGCUUCUAUAAAUUCAUGGGAUGACAAUGCGCGAGUUGAGGGGUACCGCCCAUUCGAUAGUUACCUUUAUGAUGGGGAUUUAGCGGAUCAUCUGAUGGAUUUGGCUACAAAUAGUGGAGUUAACAUAUCGCGUACGGUUACAAAUACAAGUCGGCCGUUUACAGUUGCUGAGGCACCCUAUCAUGGCAGGAGCAAUCUGACUGUAGCGGACCUUACUCGAGCACGUAGUGUAGGUUGUGUUGACACUUUACCACCUAUACCACAACUGCUACCAACAGCAGACGUUUCAAAGGAAGAAUGUAAUAGUACUAACGAGAAAAUCACCCACACUGAUCAAUCUAAUGCUGAAUCACCUCUACCGGAAAAGGUAGAAGAAUUACCAACUUUUACAAAACUACGAACACAUUUGCAUCAUGGACUAUACACCUUGGGGCUCAUAGCCUCUAUAAUAAGUUAUUUUGCUAGUGACUACCCUAUGCCAUUCCAGUUUUUCACUGCUGUAUGCUUGUUUAUGUUGGUGAAUGACAUACCACUUCCUAUUCAGCCCAAAUAUCGCCGCCUUUUGCACCCUGUCCUCUGUUCAGUAGCCCUCACAUGGCUAAUAAUGCUGAUCGCAGUGCUUAUCAAGCAUAGGAACAUCAGUUAUUUCAUAUCAGAGCUCCACGAGUACCAGACUGGUCGCAAUUACUUACAUUUGUUUGACACUUACCAUAACCAUACUUGGCCAGGCGCUGGCGAUGUCUUUAGUUCAUGCAUGGAUGUCUCUAUCGUUGGUCUCUCAAUGCCAAUGUUUACUUAUAGACGGGAGCUCUGGAGGCACUUCAUGUCGCUGGUCCCACCCAUUAUUUGUCUCACUGUUGGGUCUCUGACGCUUUAUCCACUCAUAUGCCAUAAAAUCGGUAUUAGUACAUCCCACUCGAUCGGUUUUAUUGGGAGAAGUGCUACACUCGCUCUAAGCACCCCAACAGUACUUAAUCUUAAUGGUUCUAUCACUUUAAUGGCAGUCACAACAGUAGCGACCGGAAUUCUGGGUGCCAUCACAGGGGGUCCGACGCUCGACUGGCUCAAAGUCCCUGCGGACGACUUCGUAACGAGAGGAGUUACUAUGGGCACCAACUGCGGAGCGAUCGCGACAGCCUACCUAUUAGGAGUUGAUCACAGAGCGGCGGCUAUUUCGACACUUUCUUUUGUUCUCUUUGGCACUCUAAUAGUCAUUUUAAGCUCCAUUGGAGGGGUACAGACAUUGGUUGAUAAAUUGGCGACAUUAUAA